AUUUCUUAUUAUAAUGAGAGAAAUUUUGAAAACAUAUGAGGUAUGAAAUCAUAGAACUGAUAAGAAUUAAAUUGGCAGUUACAGAGUGAUCGGUGUUUUGACCAGUUAAAACCAGAUCAAGGACAACCUGGGAACUGAACUGAUACAUCAAACAGAAGAACUAAUUUAUGUGUCUGAAUCCAUGUUUGGAUCAAUAGAUGAACACAACACAUUUAGCCAUGUUGGUGAAAACACUUGACCUUUAGUGACCUCCUGGUGUAUUCUUCACUACAAUGGAGAAUGUUUACAGAUGGAUGAACACACGUGUAGUCACGAGUGCCAAAUGAUAGGGAGAUUUUGUAUGACCUCCGUGUAACUUAUACUUAACCAAAAGUGAAGUUCAUUUCUGUUUGGUGACACAGUUAAUGCGACAAAGAUGCAAGUCGGACAGAAGCUAGAUGUAAUGUUCAAAGUUGCAGUGGAAACGAGGGGAAUUGAAGUUGCCUGUGUCACCGGAGACUGCAAAGAACUGGGAAAUUGGAAUCCGAAUAAAGCUAUCAUUUUGAAAAAGAUCUCAAAUGAAAAUAAUCGAGACCUCUGGGCGAGAACAGUGAAACUACCAAUAUCUGAAGUCCAUUACCGCUAUUUUGUUGGUUUAGUAAAAGAAACGAGUCAUGAAGAGGAAGAUCCUGAUAUCAUAGUUCAGCGAUGGGAAACUAAUAUAAAACCUAGAAAAUUUUCUCCAAUGAGUACCAGUGAUGACAAUGAAAGGGGUGCUGCUACUUUUGGCUUCUAUGGUGGUCUUAGUAAUGUGACAAAAGGAUGGCUGAGUGGGCAGACAGAGGUCCGAAUCAGGCUGACUGGUUCCCCAAUAAACAUGUGGAAGAGUAAACACAGAGAUCAGACAUAUCGAGUGAAAUGUUCAGUCAUGGACUUACGAUAUAGAGAUCAGAGUUUCUCAGUGGAUGAUGAUGAAGACAGUAGAGAUGUUGAUAUAGGUGUGCCUCCCUCAUCUGUCAAUAUACAAACUGCUGUAAUGUCAAAGAGCCAACAAAGUGCAGUGUUUACGGAACAGUCCCAAAAUGGACACACAUAUUUCAAUGGAGAUUUUAUGGAGUUUAAGGCACAAACAUUUGAACCUGAGUUCAUGGGGUAUUCAUUAGAUUUCUUCAUUGAGUCAACCAAUGGGACAGUGACACCCAAACAUAUCGGAUAUGCCUAUAUCUUACCUGUUAAUCUCAGCCAGACUGAGGGAAGCAAAACAGUUGCCAUUAAUGGCAUGAAGCACAAACCUAUUGGACAAGUUACAGUGGAGUACUUGAUAAUUAAGCCUAUGCGAACACACACAUGUGACAUGUCUGUGUCAUACCAGUCACAUUGGAAACACCACAGGCGCCCUCUUGAUAUAGGGCAUAGGGGUAUGGGAAACUCCCACGACGCUGAAUUCCUGGCUGCAAUGAGAGAGAACACAGUUGGGAGUUUAACUGCAGCAGGUUCACAUGGUGCAGAUAUGGUUGAAUUUGAUGUCCAGUUGACGAAAGACCUUGUACCAGUUCUAUAUCAUGACUUCAAUGUGUGUCUUACAAUGCGAAAGAAGAAGAAAGAAGACUUACAACUGUUCCAGGUUCCAGUUAAAGACCUAACCAAUGCUCAACUCCAGAGUCUCAAGCUAGACCAUGUUUCUAUGCAGAAGUACAGUAAUAUAGACCUUACAACUGAAGAGAGCAACCCCCCUGAAGAACAACCAUCACCAGAACUAACACGGCUGUUUGAGAGCCUAGAUCCCCUGCUAGGCUUCUGUAUAGAGCUCAAAUACCCACAGAGAUAUAUGAAUGGUACUCAUGAAAUGGAUCACUAUUUUGACCCAAACCUGUACCUGGAUAUAAUCUUAGAGCAGAUUCUGAAGUUAGCUGGUGAAAGACGUAUAAUACUCUGCUGUUUUCACCCAGAUAUAUGCGCCAUGGCCAGUAUAAAGCAGAAUAAGUACCCAGUGUUUUUCCUGACAUGUGGUGUGAACAGCUUGUGGGACACCUAUGUUGAUAUACGAACACACAGCUUCCCUAUUGCGGUUAACUUUGCCAAGGCUGACGGAAUCCUAGGUAUAAGUGCCCAUGCUGAAGAGCUCCUCAAUGACCAGUCACUGAUAGAUAUAGCCAAGGCUGAGAAGAAAGUGGUCAUAAGCUGGGGAGAACAACUCAAUAACAGAGAAACCCUGGACAAGCUUAAAGACAAGGGAAUUGAUGGACUUAUAUAUGAUAGAAUAUAUGAUCUAAAAACAGACAAAAGCAAUGUUUUUAAACUAGAAUAUGAAGCCAAGCUGAAGCUACUCCAAGACCUUGGACAAAUCCCUAAUACUAAACAUGCACAGAGACAAUUACUCGGGAGUACAUCUUCAGAACCAGGGGAUAACAAAGAGGACACUAGUAGUAGUGCUGAGUCUUCCCGAUCGUCAAGUCCAACAGAUAAAAAGAGACCCCUGGUGGUGUCAUCAGACACUACACUUACUAAGGCGAAAUUACCUCGUCAAAUGAGUUGUAUUUAAUCAUGUUUCAUUGAUAUAUUUAUGAUUUCUUAGUGGGUGUAUCAGGGAAGUAAAGUUGUUAUAUUGAAUCACAGGGUUUCUUCUCAUGCAUGUUAAUUCCUUACUAUAGGACCAAGUCAUCCCUCUAAGCUGUCCCUGCACAAUAUAAAGACAGAGGCAAAGGAUUGUCUUAUUCCAAAGAGUCUACAUGCAGUUUGCUUUGAAUGAUGCUAAGUCAAACUAUUGUAAGGGUAAACAGUUGCCAUCCGGAAAAGAGCUCCAUAUUUGACAAAACGAAUAUUUCCAUAUAAGGAUAUUAUUUCAUAAACAACCUGAUCAGGAGUGCUCUUCCAUAUUUAGAAUGGUGGUGUGUGAAGGAGAGUGAGGGAUGGUGUCCAAACACCAUAUGUUGCAAUUCAGUUAAUUUUCUUAUGGUUACCCCUCCCCUUUAACAAAAUUUUGAAAUGCUGGUUUCCCAUUCACUUGUGGACUAACACAUUAACUUACAAAACCUACAUUUAGUGAAUUUUUUACUCCCCCCCCCCCUAACAAAAUGAACUGUGUUCUUCCACAAAUGUUUAUACCAUCCCAAAGCGUUCAAAAUACAUUUAGCCAUAUGAAUAUAACAAGGCAUGUCCUUAAUUCUACAGUUCUGAAAUCAGCUGGUCAGAAUAUUAUUACAAACCAGUUGCAUUACUAUUUGCAUUACUAUUUGCCUUCUAAAUUAAUAUAUAAGCUGAGCCUCAUGAAAGUAAGCAGACAAUGACCAGUGGAUCAACCCUAGCUUUAAAGACUUGAAAGUAUUGCCAGGAUAUUAUACAAAUAUUUAUACAGUUCAUAUGUAUUCCAAGGGAUUAGAGUGUUGUAUUUGUUAUUUUCUCUCAUGAAGUCAUAUUUGAAUGGCCCUCAUUCUAGAGGAGGCAUAUUAAAAACAAAGCUGAGGGGAUAUUCGCUCUUGCUGCAUUUAGCAACAGGGAAAUUUCACAGGAUGUUUUAUGUCAUGUGAUAUGUGCUCAACCAAUCACAGAAUGGCAAAAAUGACAGUGAGAUAAUGAUGGUACCAUAUAGGGCCUACAUUAGGGAGGUUAAUUUACACAUUUUUUAAGUGAACCUGUACGUGAGCGUGUAAUA